AAUGUAGUCUAAUUAAUCAAAAGGAUUUAUCUAAUCAUCUAACUCCACAGUCGAUGUACCUUCCUUGUGGUUGUGUGUAAUUUGGAGUCUCGAGGAAGAAUGUCGAAUGUGAAGAGCCACAAAUCUGCAAUUGUGCUUGUGCCUAAAGUCUCGGAGGAGUUGUUGGGCACAAUACAGAAUAUCAGACGCAAGUACGACAAAGCUUUCAAGAGAUGGAUGCCCCACGUGAAUCUAAUCUACCCGUUCGUGGAACGAGAAGAUGACAGCUUUAAAAAAGAAGUGGCCAACAUCAAAAAGUGUUUCACACUGUGUGGAGUGAACAAGUUUGACAUGAAGUUCAAUUCGGAAUCGGUGGGGUUUUUCGAGCACACUGCAACGUUCAAUCUAUUCUUGAAGCCAUUUCCAGUUGAUAGUAGUGACGUCAUCGCUGACUGUGACGUGGGCAGUAGAAAUCAGGAAAGCGAAUCGCUCUCAGGGUCAACAAAAGCUGCCGCAUCAAGCACAAUGGAUUCAAAAGAACAACCGCUUGGCUACGUCGAUCCAUUUUCACAAAUCAGCCAAGGAUUAAAUACCAUCACGCCAUCUUUAUUCGACCUGCACGCUGCCAAAGACAACUCAAUUGUUGGAACAGAACAUGUCAACGAUGCUUCGUUCAGCCAGUUUUGGGACAAGUCUUAUGCUUGCUACAACUCAGAAACUCCCAAAAAAUCAGCCAAAAUUAUACCAGAAACCCCCAAAAUGGUUCCAAAGGAAAAGAAAACAGAUCAAUUUAAGAACUUCAGCUCCGAAGACAUCGAACAUUUUGACCAAAUAUACAAAGACAAUGAUUUAGAGAGAAUUCGAAAAUUACCGGCACUUCAAAGAAUGCAAGCAUCGCUUGUUCGAGUUUUUCCAGAUUUUGACGAUUUGAAUACAAUUUCAGAAGCAGGCUUCCAACCUCACUUAACGUUAGGACAAUUUAAAAAGAUGAAUCUUAACAAACACUUAGCUGAAAUUAAAGAGGCUUUGUUUGAAGAUGGCAAUGAUGAAAUUUUCACAGCUGACGAGAUUGCCAUCAUCACGAGAAAGUCGGCUGAAGAUCCUUUUGAAAUACAAGCUAUAAUUCCACUGCCUGACAAAAAUUCAAAUAACUAAACUGCUCUAACAAACGUUUUUGAACAUAGGUAAAACUUUCUUUUAAAAUCUGAUUAUAAUGCUGUAAGAAAAAAAUUUUUUAAUCUGUAAAUAUAGGUUCUAUAAAUAAACGAAUUUGUUGAACAUAUCAUUUGAAUCAUAGAUCACAAAAUUUAAUUAAAAUUU